AUGGCCGUUAUUCCCGUAUUUACAGCGCUUCAAAGCGUGCAAGGCCUUGCUCAUAUAGCCCUUACUUUGUUGAAGCUGAGCUUAAUGCUCAUCCCUCUCUACCUCAUCGGCCACCUAGUCUAUAAUGUUUACUUCCAUCCGCUUGCCAAAUACCCCGGCCCAAAAUCCAUGGCAGCUUCUCGUCUACCGUAUAUGCGCCUGAUCUUGGGUGGUCGCUUCCCACAGAAGACGAAACUACUGCAUGACCAGUACGGCGAUGUAGUUCGCAUUGCCCCCGAUGAACUCUCGUUCAUAGACGGCGAAGCCUGGAAGAAAAUCUAUGGCACUCGUAUCGGCCAUGGCCAGAAGGCCAAAGACAAUAUAUUCUACGCACCACUCCCUGGACAAGCUCCCGGUAUCAUUCUCUCCAACGAUGCCGACCAUUCCCGUUUUCGACGUCUAUUGUCGCACGCGUUUUCCGAUAACUCACUGCGUGGUCAAGAGCCCAUCAUCAAAAGGCAUGUUGAUCUUCUAAUGCAGCGGCUGCGUGAAAACAUUGCAAAUGGCUCAAAGGCCCUCAACAUGGUCGCCUGGUAUAACUUCACGACUUUUGAUAUCAUCGGUGACUUGGCUUUCGGUGAACCAUUCGACUGUCUCAAGAACUCGGAUUACCAUGAAUGGGUAUCCAUUAUCUUCAGCGCUCUCAAAUGGGCUGUUUAUGCAAAUGUGUCUCGCCGCCUCCCAGGAUCCGAAUACAUCCUCCCAUAUAUUACGCCUAAGCAUAUCACCGCCCGCGUGAACAGACACUUAGCCUUGACUCGGCAAAAGGUUGAAACUCGAAUUAGCAAGACUAAUGAAAGACCGGAUUUCUUUGGCAAUAUCUUGAAGCAUCAAAAUACAGAGAAGGGCUUCAGCAUCCCAGAGAUGAAUUCCAACGGUAGCACACUGAUCAUCGCCGGCUCGGAAACGACUGCCACUCUGCUUUCUGGCGCAACAUAUUAUCUUCUGAGAAAUCCGCGCGUUCUGCGAAAACUCCAGGACGAGAUCAGGUCGAUGUUCACAAGCGAAGAAGAGAUCAACUUGGAGUCCUGCAAUAAACUGCAGUAUUGUCUCGCCGUUCUCACAGAGACCCUUCGGAUGUACCCUCCCGUUGCAGCAGGGCUUCCUCGCGUUGUAGAUGCUCAAGGUGACAUGAUUGCUGGACACUGGGUACCGGGAGGAACAGUCGUUUCCGUCCCCCACUACGCUGCUAGUCACUCAUCUACCAACUUCACUGAUCCAGAGCAGUUUAUCCCAGAGCGCCAUCUGGAUGAUCCCCGCUUUGCGAAUGACAAUAAGACCGCAAUGCAGCCUUUCAGCUUCGGUCCUAGGAACUGCAUUGGACGCAACCUGGCAUAUGUCGAGAUGCGCAUGAUUCUCACUCGCAUGAUCUACAACUUCGACAUGGAAUUGGAUCAGCCUGAACUAGACUGGAUGGAUCACAACUGUUAUGUUCUAUGGGACAAACCAGAAUUGAUGGUGAGAUUGGAGUUGAGAAAUCAUUCUUAA